AUGUCUAGCCAGCCUCUUCUGCAGACAGCUCCUGGCAAGCGCAUUGCCCUCCCGACCCGUGUCGAGCCCAAAGUCUUCUUUGCCAACGAGCGAACCUUCUUAUCAUGGCUGAACUUCACCGUCAUCCUCGGCGCCCUCGCCAUUGGCAUGCUCAACUUCGGUGACCGGCCCGCCUUCAUCUCGGCCUUCCUCUUCACCGGCGUCGCCAUGCUCACCAUGAUAUAUGCACUGGCGACGUAUCACUGGCGUGCGAAGAGUAUACGGAUUAGAGGCCAGGCCGGCUUCGACGAUCGCUUCGGUCCUACCAUGCUGGCAAUCGUCUUGUUGUUGGCUGUCAUCGUCAACUUUGUCUUGCGAAUAGUCUACUCAGACGGCCAGAACGGAAAGAAGCAUUAG